AUGUGCAGUAACAUUUUGAAACAGCUGGUUAGUAUGAUUAACAACAGCGAUUCACCGUACAUACGAGGGGUAUACCAAGAGAAGAAUCUUGUACAGUGUUUUUUACUGAUGUUCAAAAACAUUUAG